UGGGAAAGUGUUCCGUCGGAGGCCACGCCCCCUCGGCCCCCGGAGGAGAGUCCGCAGUGGGGAGAAGCCGGCGAGUGUGGCGAGUGCGGCGAGGCGUUCAGUCGGAGGAAGUGCCUCAUUCGACACCAGAGCCUCCACGCUGGGGCAAAACCACGCAAAUGUAGUGACUGUGGGAAAGCCUUCACUCAAAACCCUCAGCUCACUGACCGUGAGCGAAUUCACACUGGAGAAAGACCUUGUGAAUGCAGUGAGUGUGGUGAGGCAUUUGGUCUGAGUAAGUGCCUUGUUCGGCGCCGGAGACUUCACACAGGUGCAAAACCCUAUAAAUGCAAUGAAUGUGGAAAAUCCUUUAAUCAAAACUCUCGCCUCGUUAUACACCAGAGAAUUCACACUGGUGAGAAACCCUACGAAUGCAGUGAGUGUGGGAAGGUCUUCAGUGCCAGCUCUAGCCUGAUGGUACAUCGGAGAACACAUACUGGGGAGAAACCCCAUAAAUGCGAGGAUUGUGGGAAAGCCUCGGCGACAGCUCACAGCUUAUCGUGCCCCGGAGAGUUCACACUGGAGAGAAACCUUAUGAGUGUAUUGACUGCGGGAAAGCCUUUAGUCAGCGUUCCACUUUUAACCACCGCCAACGGACUCACACUGCAGAGAAGCCCUCAGGUCUGCCUCGGUCAAUAUCUAAAGUGUAGUUUUGGAGAUAGAAAAUAACUGUUUCAGUGAGUUUUGUGUAUAAGAAGGGUACUCAUUCUGCUCUCCUCUUGAAACUGUUGGUCAACGUGCACCAUUGUCAUCUUCCCGCUGGAUCACUAAGGUGUGAGACGGGGAAUAACUUAGUGUAAUCCUCCUCCACUGUUGCGGAAGUAGGGACUGCGUGUUUCAUUUACUGGUAGGUGUCCCUUUUCCUUUAUCUAAUUGUCUUACUGUCUAUUUUAUUUCUUAGUUAUGCAUCCCACAGUCAGACUGUGCUUUCCAAGAACAGAGGUGAUAUAUAUUCUAUUUUAACUUCUCCGUGUCACCAGUUACACAAAGAUGUCCUCCUCGGUCUUGUUUCUUGUCCGUGGCUCUGCUCACCUACUUUAAAGCUCAUUCCCGUCAAGGGCUUCUUAUCUCUUGUGUUUCCCUGUCUGGAAAACUUCUUUCUGUUUAGCGAUCUAGGUUCCCUCGAACCCUUUCCCAUCCUCCUCACUUUGUAAGGACUUUGCUUUUCACACGCUUCGACCUUCCUCUAAAAUGCCUAUUGAUGUGACCUCAGUUCUUUGAAUUAGCUGGUGCUAUAAGGUGCAGCUGUUUUUAAAUUUCCUUGUAAAUUAUUCUCGAUGCUUAUGGUAUACAUCCAUACCAACUGUACACUUGACAUCGGAUAUUUAUCUACUUCAACAUGUAGGUAGUAGUUUAUGCUAGUUGUCAAGUAAAUAAUUUUUAAACCAUCUCAUAUUUAGUCAUCCUUAAAUUAUGCACUAUUGCCCCUUACCUCCAAGCUUCUAAAGAUGGAAGUACAUCUUAUGGGCCAUCACAUACAGAGGCUUCACGUGUUCACUGUGUACUCAUGGAAGUCUUAUUACUGGUAUUUCAGGUUCAAAAAGCUAGCGGAUUUGCCAUGGAGUGCAUCUAUGUGGGGUGACUGUGUCUAGGUCCUGCGGGCACUUGGGUUCCACUGAGGUAUGUUACCCUCCACAGUGACUGUGUUCUGAAGUUAGGCACCGUACCAUUUCCUUAAUAAACAAGAAUGUAGUCAUCCUAGGCUGACUCAGGCCCAGCUCAUGCCUAUGGUUCAUGGACUUGGGAGGCUGAAGCAGAUAUAUCACUUGAGCUUAGGAAUUCACUAUUGGCCUGAAUAUUAUAAAAAGAUCCCAUUUAAAAAAAUGAAAAAGAAAGAAAAUAGUUAAAAUUCACUGUGAAGGCAACUUGCUGUUCACAGUUAUGAUACAAAUAAUUAAAAAUCACUAGGUGGUGCAAGACUGAUCCCAGCACACAGGAGGCUGAGGCAG